UAGAAAUCAAACAUUUAAUAAAAGGAGAAAGAAAAUCUUAUCUUAGCUCAUCUAUUUUCCCUCCCUGCCACAUCCUAUUGAACACUCUUUAGUCGUUACUUCUUUCUCUUCUCUUUCUCUCUAUCUCGCUGCAAUUCUUAAUGGCUCGUUCUCUAUGCUUCACUCCUGUUACUUCGGUUAGCACCCCAUCAAAGUCAGGGGGUUUGAUUGGAAAUUCUUCUAUUUUAAAGGUUGUUAAAUUACAAGAAGGAUUACCCAAAUUGAAUACUACAAGAUUUCAGACCCUUGAGACUAAGGCAACAGAAAAUAGCAGCAGCUCCAACCCAAGCGCCAAGAAAAGUAGCAUAUUGUGUGAUGAAUGUGAUGGAAAUGGUAUUAAGGUGUGUGGUCAGUGCGAAGGAUCCGGUGCAAACUUGAAAGACCAUUUUAACGGAAGAUUUAAAGCCGGUGGAAUAUGCUGGCUUUGCAGAGGGAAAAAGGAAAUUUUAUGCGGGAACUGUAACGGGGCUGGCUUUAUUGGUGGAUUCAUGAGUACACUCUAGGAAUGACGUUUUUUGGACACAUUAGAAGCAGUGGAAUAGAAUCACUAUGGCUAAUGGCUAGAUAGUUUAUUAUUUAAUGCUUGCUUCAUCUCCAAUGUUGUUCUGUAACUUGUAGCAGAAUACAGUUUUGUAAUUUUAUUUUGGUUUAAAUGCAAGAAGUUAUGGUUAUUUAUGUUA